AUGUUCACUGUGGCUGGUGUUGGUGUUACUUCGCCUGGUGGCACUACCACCGCUGCCCCUGUCUCUAUCACUGAGAAGUGUAUCGAUCAUGAAGACUACUUUGGUUGUCUCACUAAGAACUAUGUGAACCAUCUCAAGGAGGACACUGACUGGAAGGCUAAGGACUUACAAGUCCGUGGCGCUCUUCUUCUGUGCUGCAUCCCUGCCAUCUCGAACAAGCUCCGCAAGGAAACCUGCGCUUUUAAUAUGUGGGUUUAUCUCAAGAAGGAGUAUGGCACAUCUGGCACUGCCGGUGUCUACAAUGUCUUCCUUCAGUUCCUCUACGCCACUAUCCCUGCCAAGGGUAACCUGCUUCAGACUAUUGAGCGCAUUGACCAGCAUGUUUGCCGCAUGGCUGAGCUUGGUGUUGAGAUACCGCAGUUCAUUCACGCCAUGGUAUUGCUUUCCAAGCUCCCUUCUUACAUGAAGUUUGUCCAGCAGCUCUCGAAGGACAAGGAGCUCGGCAAAAUGGACCCUGAUGAGAUUAAGUCUUGGGCCAUGAACACAUACCAGGCUGAGUACGGUGCACCCAAGGCUUCGCGCUCUGACGGCGUGCAGAAGAUUACUGCCGUUCAUCGCAACAAUGGUGCUCCUCAGUUCCAGCAGCAGCGCGGCUGCGGAGGCGGUUGCGGGCGCGGUUGUUCGCAGCAGCAGUCGUCGAGCCAUGACUCCGACACGUGCAACAAGGACAACACCAAGCAGCGCACUCGCAAGCGUAGUCGUGGCCGUGGUCGUGGUCGUGGUGGCUUCGGCAACAACAACAACUCGCACUAG